CUUUUGCAUUAGUGUCAGCGGACAGAUAACAUUUAACCAUUGUUGGUGGAAGUUGUCACGGGUGAUGUUGGUGUAUAGUCCAACAGCGUUUGACAUUUGCAACAGAUUUUGACAACCAAGCAACCACAAGUUUCAAACUGCAACGCAGGUUUUUGUUUUAAACCUGGGCAUAGAAUCCUAUUUCUGAAAGUUUACAUUGUUCUCUACGUAUAACAACACCAGCUGAAUCUUGUGUCUUAAGACUUGCUGGCCUUCAUAAAAGUUCAACUUGGCAUAAACAUUGAAAGCAGGAGUUUUAUAAAAGAUCAGUUUUAAGAAAGGCUUCAGAUUUAGACAAGUUUUCUUUGUCUUUAGUAUGCAACAGAUUUGUCAUUAUGAACGGUGAUGAUAAUAAAAUGUCAAUGUCGACCAUUGAUAGCAUGGAGAAGUCUGGGGGCGGUAACAAGAUGGGUCUCUUCACCAAAGCUGACGACGAGAAAAAGAUCGUCACAGACGAACAGACUCACGAGAAUGGCAAAGCGUCACAUCAUGACCCGGACGACCCAGACUACCACGAGGCCCCGAUGACGUUCCGAGAGAAACUAAGAGAGUUGCUGCAUUCACAGAAGUUUCAGAUUGUCGUGAUCGCCUUGGUCGUUUUUGAUUGUAUCUUAGUCAUUGGAGAGUUGAUUCUUGACUUUGAGGCAUUAGCCGCUGCCAAGGGAUGCAGCCUAGAGGGAGGGAACAGUUCCGAAAGUGGAUACGAAUCGCCCUACUACAACACUUACAAGAAUGAAACACAAGACCCUUAUAACGACGAUGCACACGUAGAAGAAGAAGAAGAGCACGAGGAAUCACCGACUAAGCUUGCGGCCGAGGCUUUCCACAUCAUGAGUCUGAUCAUCCUGAGUAUCUUCAUGAUUGAGCUGGCGCUUAAAGUGUUUGCGCUGGGUGCAAAGUUCUUCCACAGCAAACUGGAGGUUUUUGAUGCAAUAGUUAUUGUGACAUCCUUCAUACUCGACAUAGUCACCUUGAUCUUCCCUGAACAAUUCGCUGUCUUGGACCUCAUUGUUGUCCUACGUUUGUGGCGUAUCCUUCGCAUUGUUAACGGGGUGGUUUUGUCCGUGGAGCAGCAGGCCGAGAAAAAGAUCCACCAUCACAAGAAGUUGAAGAGACGUGCCUUGUACAUUCUGAGAAAGUUUGAGACAUACAGUGAGGCACUGGAGGAAGAGAUAGAAGCACUGAGAGGUUUACUCAACGCCAACAAAGUGGAAAUCGAUGAAGGAAUGAUCAAGAACAAACCAGUAAAGCCGCACUACGACAGAAAACUCCACCUUGAUACCAUGGAGGAUGGGAAGGUAGACCACCAUGGGAUGAGUGCUAUGGACAGUCAGAUAGCCCUGGACUGGACGCAAGACCCUGUGUACGGUGAGAGCAGUCAACCACCGGAUUAUGCCUCGACCCUACAAGAAGCCUGACGACCAAACUGAUUUCAAUGCUAUGUGCCCAAUUUCAUAAAGAUGUUGAGCAGAAAAUUAUCAUUAACAAAUUUACUAAGCAAAAAACGAGCCGGGCACCAGCCACAACACCGUUACUACAUCUUUUAAAUGUUUUUGCUGUUGUAUCUUAAACACAGGUCGUUCGAAUCCAGUUUUGUCUCUCAAAAAUUGGCGUCUUUGGCGUUUCUGCUAUUAGCAAUACUAUUCUGUGCUAAGCAAGUUUUUGUGCUUACAGGCUUUAUGAAAUUGGCCACAGGCCUCGAACUUAAGUGGGGGGGGGGCAUCCACAAGACCACGGGGCUUGUAUCUGAGCUAUUUCAGUGGACCUGAACUUGUUGUACAGGAUCGGAAUGAAAAUGAGAAGGAAAAACAGUUUUUCGAACAAGCAAUAUAAAAUAAAUCUCAUUUUCUUACCAGUGAGUAUACUCUGAUGCUUAAAGACAGUGGACACUAUUGGUAAUUGUGAAAGACCAGUCUUCUCACUUGGUGUAUCUCAACAUAAUAA